AUGAAGAUCGUCGUGACGGUGGCACUGCUAGCGCUGGGCGUCGACGUGGCGCUGGGGAGCAGUGCUGGUGCGUGGUGGAUGGAUGUGAGCUUCCGAGUGAACAAACUCAACUUCAUCUGGUCCAAAGCAGUCCAUCAUUUGGCCGAUAAGGCUCUCAUCAAGCGUCUCAAGGGUGAACUCGACAAAUUCGAUGCGCUUUAUUUGUCAGCCAAGUCGAGGAGCAUGAAGAAUGGUGAGCUGGCCAUGGAGCAGGUGGACAACAAGCUGGAACAGCUCCUCCAGAAGUACCACUUGGACUCAACACUCACUGCUUAUAAUAAAAAGUAUAAAUGGCGGAAUGAGGAGGAAAUGAAAAAAGAGAACUUGGUACUUCCGACCGAAAAAUUCGAUGACCCGAAAUUGCAGAAACUUUGGCAUGUUGCUAAGAAUUCGCACUUUUCCGAGGCGGCGUUGAAAGGUUACUUUUUUCACUGUGAAUAG